AUGAGGGGCUUUCGAUCCAACCCGUACCAAACCAACCUGCUUCGGGACGGUGUGCGGAGGUACCUGCAGCUGCCGGCAGACCAGACGGUACUGAUACUUCAUGCCAAAGUUGCACAGAAGUCCUACGGCAAUGAAAAAAGGUUUUUCUGCCCCCCACCUUGUGUUUACCUGAGCGGGCCGGGGUGGAAGCUAAAACAGGAGCAGAUAAAAGUACAGACCCGGGGAGGGCUGGAGCCAAGCCCACACCUCUUCGAGGAGCAGCUGGAUGCCAAGGGCUUCGGCUGUGCCAAGGCGCUGUACAUCUCGGACACCGACAAGCGCAAACAUUUCCGCCUGGUCCUGAAGCUCUUCUUCAGCAACGGGCAGGAGAUCGGCACCUUUCACAGCAAGCUCAUCAAGGUCAUCUCCAAGCCCUCGCAGAAGAAGCAGUCGCUGAAGAACACGGACCUCUGCAUCUCCUCGGGCUCCAAAGUCUCCCUCUUCAACCGCCUGCGCUCCCAGACCAUCAGCACCCGCUACCUCUCUGUGGAGGGGGGAGCCUUCGUCGCCAGCGCCAGGCAGUGGGCAGCCUUCACCCUCCACCUGGCCGAUGAGCCCUGCCUGCGGAGUGAGUUCCCCCUGCGGGAAGGGUACAUCCGCUAUGGCUCCGUGGUCCAGCUCGUCUGCACGGCCAGCGGCAUCACCCUGCCUCCCCUGGGAAGCCUCCCUCCCCACGGGAUCAUCCGGAAGGUGACAAAGCAGUAUGCCAUGCUGGACGUGGACGAGCCCAUCUCCCAGCUCCACAAAUGCGCUUUCCAGUUCCAGGGCAGCGACCGCAUGUACCUAUGUCUCUCCAUGGAGAAGGUGAUCCAGUUCCAGGCAUCUCCCUGCCCCAAGGAAGCCAACCGGGAGCUGCUGAAUGAUGGUUCCUGCUGGACCAUCAUCGGCACCGAGACGGUGGAGUACACCUUCAGCGAGAGCCUGGCCUGUGCCCGCAAGCCCGUCAGCCCCGUGCCGCUCAUUGUGUCCCUGCAGCUCACAGGUGGCGGGGACGUGGCCACGCUGGAGGUGCAGGGGGAGUAUUUCCACGCACACCUCAAGGUCUGGUUCGGAGAUGUGGAAGCAGAGACGAUGUACAGGAGCCCCAAGUCCCUCGUGUGCGUCGUCCCCGACGUCUCUGCCUUUGGCAACGACUGGAGGUGGCUGCGAUACCCCAUCACGGUCCCGCUCCUGCUGGUCAGGGAUGAUGGCCUCAUCUACUCCAGCUCGUUCACGUUCACCUACACCCCGGAGCAGAGCUUCGUCCCAGGGCAGCAGGUCCUCUCGGACAUCCCCCAGGACUCGGACAAGUUACUUGACAGCAUCCACCAGGAGUUCACCAGGACCAACUUCCACCUCUUCAUGCAGAGUUAG